AUUAACCUAAUGCUAUAUUUCCUACUUUUAAAAUAUAUUCCUGUAAGAAGUUUUUUUUGGUAAGGUCCUGUAAAAAGUUAUCACUUGGAAAGAAGCCAUUCUCGGAGUUUUGUGAGAGAUCGGCCUGAGCAACAUGCCACUUCAAGGGGUGCAGUUGCAAAUUCUGGAUAGUCAUGCGGUGAUGGAUAAUGGAAUAGUCCAAGUCACAUUGUCCAAACCAGAGGGAAUUGUAACGGGAAUUCGCUAUGGUAACAUCGACAACUUGCUUGAAGUUAUUAAUGACGAAUCUAAUAGAGGGUACUGGGACCUUGUUUGGAGUGCGCCAGGAAGCACAGGAACAACAGGGACAUUCGAUGUGAUUAAAGGAACAAGUUUUGACGUUAUAGUGGAAAGUGAUGAGCAAGUGGAAAUCUCAUUUACAAGGACGUGGGGUUCCUCUCAGGCGGGCAAAUUCGUUCCUUUAAAUAUAGAUAAAAGGUUCGUACUGCUUCGUGGCUCGUCGGGCUUCUACUCCUAUGCCAUCUAUGAGCACUUAGCCGAAUGGCCUGCCUUCAACCUUGCCGAGACGAGAAUUGCCUUCAAGCUCAGAAAAGACAAGUUUCACUACAUGGCCGUAGCAGACAACAGGCAAAGAAAUAUGCCACUACCAGACGACAGAUUGCCGCCAAGAGGCCAAGCCUUGGCUUACCCUGAAGCUGUGCUUCUUGUUAAUCCGGUGGAACCCGAACUCACUGGAGAAGUCGAUGACAAAUACCAGUACUCCUGCGAGAACAAAGACAUUAGACUCCAUGGGUGGAUUUGUACGGGCGAGUCGGUUGGGUUCUGGCUAAUUACACCCUCCGAUGAAUUUAAAUCUGGUGGACCUCACAAACAGAACCUCACUUCCCAUGUAGGCCCGACCACUCUUGCUGUAUAUCUUAGUGCCCAUUAUUCUGGAGAGGAUCUGGUUCCCAAGUUCAAUGCUGGGGAGUACUGGAAGAAAGUUUUCGGGCCUGUGUUCAUGUAUUGUAAUUCCUUAUAUGGUGGAGGAGACCCACUUUUGCUUUGGGAGGAUGCUAAAGAGCAGAUGGUCACUGAGGUCCAAAGCUGGCCUUAUAAUUUCCCAGCUUCAGAGGAUUUCCAGAAGUCUGACCAACGGGGUAAUGUUAGUGGUAGACUAUUAGUUCAAGACAGGUAUGUUUAUGAUGAUUACAUAUCAGCCAGUGGUGCUUUUGUUGGGUUAGCUAAACCGGGAGAUGCUGGAUCUUGGCAAAGAGAAUGCAAGGACUACCAGUUCUGGACUAAAGCAGAUGAAAAUGGCUUUUUCUCCAUUAAUAACAUCCGCACAGGCGACUACAAUCUGUACGCUUGGGUUCCUGGUUUCAUUGGAGAUUACAAAUCCAAUGAUGUUGUCAACAUAACCUCAGGCUGUGACAUUGACAUUGGUGUUGUUGUUUACGAGCCUCCAAGAAAUGGACCAACAUUGUGGGAAAUAGGCAUCCCUGAUCGUUCUGCUGCUGAAUUCUAUGUUCCUGACUCUAAUCCAAAUUUUAUCAAUAAACUUUAUGUCAAUCAUCCUGACAGAUUUAGGCAAUAUGGAUUGUGGGAAAGAUAUGCAGAAUUAUACCCCAAUGAAGACUUAGUUUACACUGUUGGGACUAGUGACUAUGCAAAAGAUUGGUUCUUCGCUCAGGUUACCAGGAAGAAAGAUAACAACACAUAUCAAGGGACUACAUGGCAAAUCAAGUUUACACUUGACUCUCUGGACCAGAGCAGUACUUAUAUAUUGCGAGUGGCAAUUGCGUCUGCAACUAUUUCAGAAUUGCAGGUUCGGGUUAAUAAUCCAAAUGCAAAUCACCCACUCUUUUCAAGUGGGUUGAUAGGAAGAGACAAUUCAAUCGCCAGGCACGGAAUCCACGGGCUCUAUUGGCUGUUUAACGUCGACGUACCGGGCGACCGCCUUGUUCUAGGCGAUAACACUGUCUUCUUGACACAGCCACGGAGCACCAGCCCUUUCCAGGGGAUUAUGUAUGAUUACAUCCGCUUUGAAUGUCCUUCGUCGUCUCCAACUAACAAAGAAAACUCUGAGUUCUGCUAGAAGCAGAGUCGAUAUUCUUGCCGGGCCUACAUAUCUUUGCAGUAUAUCGAUUUGCAUGCAGAAACGCGAUAUGUAAAAUGUUUAAAAUGAUUUAUUCUAUCUUAUAAAGAUCGUUAUUGAGUAUAAAUUUUCAGGAAUUGUGACUUGAGAUCUAUACGCCCAUGUAAUUGUCAGCCUUAAAAUGACCACUAAUCUGCAUUAAAUUGAUGACAACCAGACCACAUGAAUGUAAUUUGCAAUGAAAGAAAGUUUAUGACUCGUGUUGA